AUGGUCAUAUUUAUGUCACUUGCACGAAGACAGGCAAAAGACAGGCAAUUCCGUUUGAAUGGUGAUUAUUGAUAAAAACUUAUUUUCCUUAAAGGGUCACAGGCGUAGAUCACAGGGGACCGGUGAAAUAAGAGGUUUAGAACGGUGCAGGUCUACUGCCACAGACGUCAACUCCAGUUAAACCUUUGGGUCAGCCCUGGUAAGUACUACAUGCUAGCACACCAUAUAGUCGUGCAACAUAAAUUAAAUGAACAUUGUGUACAACGUCUUGUAAGUAGUACGCAUUUCUCAAAACUCCUCUUUACUGUACUUUCUACUCCUCGCUUGUCCUUUGUGCCAUUUUAUGUCCUUUUAUGUACUUAUUCGUCCUCUUCCGUCCUAACUAGUAAUUUCUGUCCGUACUAGUCCUUUUAGGUCCAUAUUAGUCCUUUUGUGUCCUUACUAGUCCUUUAGUAUCCCUACUAGUCCUUUUUCCGUCCUUUUAUGUCCUCAUUAGUCCAUUUCUGUCCUUAUUAGUCCUUUUCUGUCCUUACUAGUCCUUUUGUGUCCUUACUAGUCCUUUUAGGUCCAUAUUAGUCCUUUCCUGUCCUUACCAGUCCUUUAGUAUCCCUACUAGUCCUUUUCCGUCCUUUUAUGUCAUUAUUAGUCCAUUUCUGUUCUUAUUAGUCCUUUUGUGUCCUUAAUAAUAAUAAUAAUAAUAAUAAUAAUGAUAAUAAUAAUAAUAACAAUAAUGGAAUUUAUAUAGCGCUUAUACAUCGCUGUUCUGAGCGCUUUACAAUGUAAAAAAGGACAUAACAAUAUCAAUAAACACAAGCUUACAUAUAACCGUACUGUACACAACUUAAAAAGGAAAGAAAACAAAAACAAAAACAAAUAUAACGAAACUAAAUGUCAUAUACCUUUUUUAAAAGAAACGUUUUCAACUUAGAUUUAAAAAGAUUAACGUCAGAACAAGCUCGAAUUUCAAAGGGGAGCUUGUUCCAUAGUCGGGGCCGUCGUUGCCUUUUGCGAGCGACCGGUAUUCAAAAGUACAAUUUUAAACCAAGAAGUUCCGCAUUUACUAGGGAACUACUGGCUAAUGUCCUUGCUUGAUGGUAAAAUUUUAAAAUAUCUUCAAGAUAUCGGGGACCGGAGCCAUUCAAUGCUUUAAAAGUUAUUAAAAUUUAUUUUAAAAACAAUUCUCUCCUCAACAGGAAGCCAGUGAAGAUCUCUUAGAGUCUCGGUGAUGUGAUCUCGUUUUUUGAGACCGGCGAUAAUUCGAGCAGCCGCAUUCUGAACGGACUGCAACCUAGCUAUGUCCCGUUUUUGGGCACCAAAAAAGAAGAGAAUUACAAAAGUCCAACUUCGAGCUAACAAAACUGUGAAUUAGAAUUUCUGUGGUACUUGUACUGAUGUAUUUUCUUAUUUUAGAAAUAUUUCGUAUGUGAUAGAAGACACCCUUAACUAUUGUAUUAACAUGAGGUGAAAGUGACAUUGUGUCGUCAAAAAUCACGCCAAGAUUGCGAGCCUGUUGAGAGGGCCUGAUGUUUUCCAUGCCAACAGAAAUCGAGGGCGGGGGCAACGAAUGACGAAAACGGGAGUGCAGAAAGAGACAUUCUGAUUUAUCAUUGUUAAGCUUUAACUUGUUGGCAGUCAUCCACAAAUUGAUGUCAGCAACGCAGUUCUCAAGACGUUGUUUUGCAGCCACUAGAUCAGAGGUGUCAUUGCAAGUAAAAGAUGUAUAAAGCUGCGAGUCAUCAGCAUAAAAGUGAAACGGCAAGCCAUGCUCACGAACAAUAUCACCCAGUGGAGUUGUAUACAAUAAGUAAAGUAUGGGGCCUAGGACCGAACCUUGAGGCACACCCCAAUGAAGGGGUCGUACCGUGGACGAAGCGUCGUCUACUUUGACAAGCUGAGUACGGUCUGUAAUGUAAGAUCUUAGCCAAUCCAGGGCUUUUCCUUUGAUACCGAGCCUAGAGGAGAGUCUACCUAGAAGAAUUUUAUGAUCAACCGUAUCAAAGGCUGCAGAAAGAUCCAAUAGCAAAAGCAAAACACCGCGAUGACUAUCGAUGGUUUUGAGGAUAUCAUCCUGUACUCGAAUCAGAGCUGUUUCACAGCUAUGAUUAGCUUUAUAAGCAGACUGAAGUUCCUCUUUUAAUCCAUUUGAACAUAAAUAUUCUUAGAGUUGCGUAGCCGCUACUUUUUCUGUCGCCUUGGACACAAGCAUGAAGUUCGAUACCGGUCUGAAGCUUGGAUAGAGCUCGGUGUUAAGGGACGGUUUUUUAAGAAGAAGAGAAAAAAAACCCUUUUCAUAGGCAGAGGAACUUCACCACUUUCUAAGGAGCAAUCUUCUUUUUUAUGAUUGGUACCAAAUCAGAAAAGCACAACUUAUAAAGUAAGUUAGAGGGAAUCGGGUCUAGAGGGCACGACUUCCUAGCCAUUUUAGUAAUUAAUUUGCUCAGUUCGACAGCAGUAGUCGGCUUGAGCUGGUUAAACUCACAUUAAAUAGAGGAAUUAUCAG